GGACGAGGAUGGCCCGGCUGCAGCCGUGAAAGGCGAGGGGGCGCCGCACGGAAAUACAUCGGUGAGGGUUUUGCCAGGAGAAGAUUGGAAACAAGUGCCGGAGGAUCAGAAAACUGGACUCGACGAAAAGUAUGCCGGAAAAGAACGAUCCAACUUGACAGAGGUGAGCCAGGGGUCCAUGUUAGUUACAGCAAGAGCAGAAGUUGCAAAGUGGCCAGUCGCCUUAAACUCUUCGAAGGACGGUGGGGUGUAUAACGACGGUUGCUUAACGAUGACACUUGCUACCGUGCAAGAGAAAGUCGCUCAACGACAGGCACAAAAAAUGCUGCGGGCAGGUAUGCAACUGCUGAACUGCCUGAAGACCGAGAGCUCGCCCAGAAAACAGUGCUGGGAGGAUCCAGAUGAUGAUGGUAAUGCAGCCUCAAAUAGAUGCGAUCAAUCGGUAGAACGCAGUAAGCGCGCCUUUCCGAAAUCAGACGAAAGUGGUUCGGAAGCAUCGAAGAGAAGGCACACCGCAAUAUUGCCCAUCAAACGUUGCUGGCACGAUCCAGAAGAAGAGCGGAACGUGUCAAAGAGAAGUAAGGGGUACCUGGUCACCGCGUCUCCAUUUCCAGUCAGGCUGGAGGAGUUGGUUUGCGACGUUCAUCAGACCGUGCACAGGGAUCCGUGGGAGACCUUCCUCCACUUGUCAUCCCGACCAGAUGGGUCGUCAGAACAGCCGUGUCCCGUCUGCCGAAGGGAGUGCAUGUCUGCGGAGCUGCUAGAUCAUGCGCGUCGGUCGCACGGCGUUGUGGCACCGCCCGGCGUGACUGACGGGAUGUCAUGGAGCCGUUCGUCGUCUAGUGAAGACUCACACCGCCGGUCCGCAACCGACGCCGAGGGCCGCCGGAGGUCACCCGGGAGGAGGUUAAGACACAGCACGUCAACCUUAAGAUAUCGUCGGCGCUGGUCGUCUGAAGAAAGAUCGCGUCGUCGCUCUACAUCAGGGGACCGUCAUCGCAGCACAGCGAGCAGGAUCAGCCGUCGCUUGUGUUCACCGGAAAGAUCUCGUCGACGCCGCAGAUCUGAGUUGUCAUGCCGGCGUUUGGCAUCGGCGGAGAGGUCUUCGCCAAAGCGGAACUCCGACAGGCGGCCUCGAUCAGCGUCCGUGGAAAGUACAUGCCACCGGCGCGCAAGAAGCAGGUCGCGGCAUCGCUCGUCGUCUGGUGGGGAAUCGCGCCACUGUUGGCGGGCUAGAAGGCCGCGACAUCAUAUGCCGCACCAACCGUCGCGUUACCAUUGGUUCUCUGAGAGAAGCUUCGCACUAGACAGACGUCGCCGUCGCUCGGGGUCUUCGGGGAAUUCUCGUCCAGGCCCGGCACCUGACUGGUGUCAGAAUCACCACGUGCAAGAGGGAGACGGGCUUCACCGCUCGACACCACAUCGGUCCGGCCGUUCAUCCCCAUCCGAUAAAAGUUAUCACCAACAACCGACAGAUGUAGAGAGCAGGCGGAGACGCUCUCCUGCGAGCCGGACGGUGACUGUCAAGCAACGUCAGCAACAAAGCAGUGAGACGAGCUGCUCUUCAGCCAAGAAGAGCUCGACCGGCCGGACAACGUUAGCGGACAGAUUACGGCUUACGUCCAGUCCGAAGGCGCCGUUGACCCGUCAUUCAAGUCACGGUGACCAGCGAUGUGAGCAGCUGCUCAGCGAGGAGGCGCCCGUCGAGACCGAGUCGAGCGACCAGCUCCACCAAACAGAGCCAGUGAAUGAGGAGACCGUUCAAGAUGAGACGACACUGGAUGUCUGA